AUGCGGAUUGGAAGUUCCCGAGAAGCAUAUUUGAAGCCAUUGGUAUUCCUACUGUAUUUUUAUGAUGAUCUCAUGAUCUUCAUGAAAGGUGAGCUUGGUUCCAUCAAGGAUGUUCUUGACAUCUUCGAUUUGCUCAAUAAAAUGUUUGGAUUGAGAUUAAAUCCAGCAAAAACUGAGAUCUUUUGUGCUGGGAUGAAGGAACAAACAAUCAGAGAUGUCUUGAACUUGAGUGGUUUCAGAAGGGGUUCUUUGCCAAUCAGAUACUUAUGGAUUCCAAUCUUAGGGAUUCCAAUCGCGGCAGGUAGACUAUCAGACAAGGACUAUAAACCUCUUAUUGAAAAGAUUACUAUUCUGAAGGACGUGGAACAAAAGUUUAGGUCUUUCCUCUGGAAAGGUAGAGAUGGAGAUGGAAGAGGAGUAAAGGUGGGAUGGAAUAAGAGAGUUGGUUCUCUUUGGAUUGCCUGA